AUGGGUUCCCGUGUGAGACUGAUCUUAAAAUUUAAUGCUGCGGGUCCUUUCAUGACCAGGCACGUGUUAAACAAUAUUUAUGCUGUCAUUUCUGGAAAACACCUUCUACUGAAUGUUCUUUUUCUAAAGAACGCCAAAAGUCGAACGCAGAGUAGCAAAGUUCUAGGCUUGGUGGCUUCCAUGAGUCUUAUUUGUUUGAAAAAGGAAAAAGCUAAUAACAUCUUCCUGCUUACACUCUGCAAAACUGACCAAAGAAGUUUCUAUGAAGCUAUUCAAAGAAAUUCUUUCAAGCAAACAUUUUUUGAUGAAACUAAUGAGAGUAAUGAUGACGAUGAUGAUGACUAUGAGGACGACGACAACGUCGAUGAUGACGAUGAUGAUAAUUAUGUGUAUCAAAAUCAGCACAUCAUUGGUGUUAAAAGUUAA